CGUUAACUCCCGAGGCUCCUGCUAAGCUUGCAAUUUCUUGCUCUCGACCAGCAUGCGUCCGUCUCUGCUUGCUAGCGUACGAAGAUAUGCACACACCCAAGCACGUCGACCAGUUAGUGCUGGCCCGUCUCGUCGUUUAACAGCUGCUUUAGCAGGCACCGCCGUCGCAGGCGCAUACUUCACCUGGGUGGCCUCGGACGGACAGCGAAUAGCUUUGGACUCUUCAAGUACACAGAAGCAAGUUCCACUUGCCACCAAAGCGUCUGAUUCUAUCUCUUCCGCUGUCCAACCUCAUACACACACACCGGAUGGUUCGGCAUCUCCCCCGAAGGCUAAGCAGGAAGCCCUUGAUCCUGAGUCAGAACAUGCAGAGGACGCUGGAGAAUCUGAGUCUUCGGGCGGUGCCUUCAACCCCGAGACGGGCGAGAUCAACUGGGACUGCCCUUGCUUGGGGGGAAUGGCCCAUGGACCCUGCGGCCUCCAGUUCCGGGAGGCCUUCUCGUGCUUCGUAUUCUCGGAGCAGGAACCUAAAGGCAUCGACUGCAUUGAGAAGUUCAAGGCGAUGCAGGAUUGCUUCAGGGAACACCCCGAUGUGUAUGGUGAAGAUAUCAUGGCUGACGACGACGACGACGAUGCUGCUCCAGCAAAAGAGCCAGCGUUAGACUCACCUCCCUCGCAUGCUCCCUCGACUUCCACCCCCCUGCCGGGUCCACCGGCAACUGACCCCGCUACCUCAACUAGCUCAUAGUCAGUCGGCGCUGCCUUCCCCGCCAAAAGUAAUCUUAGACUAUUUGCCAAUACUAUAACCACCACUCAGUUUGCUCCCAUUGUAUCGGUACAAUAUAUCACCUUCCCGUCCUAUUUCAUCGCUGUUCGACCUGCAGAUCCCAAUGGAAGCGUGCAUGAUCAGGUGGUGACAUUGCGCUUCCCGUACUACCCGCAAAAUACAUGGAUGACAACAGUGAUAAUCUACAAUUGCAACAGGGAGCGAUGGAUAGCAGUGCGCACUAUGGUGUAUGGAUGGUAUACGUGAUUAGUGAUGACAAGCCAUAGGUGGUAAGAAGAUAGUUAGUCCAUGCCAUACGAGAUGCAUUGCGAAAACAAGCAGAGAUAAUGAGAGGCUGAUGAGAUAUAUAAGCAAGAAAUCCUAUGUACAGAACGGAAUGGCGACCCUUCAACUUGCUGCUGAUGACCAGGACGCCCCUGGUGGCCGCGUAUUGCUGGCCUCUGGCGACCCUAUCUGGAGGAAGGACAGCACCAAGGGUAUAGAGCUAUUCUUCUGACAUAAAAAUGUCAAUUCCUGGCCAGACCACAGUCGGCAUCGUGGCUGAACGUUAACGGCCGUCCCGUCAUCAUCCUCUGUAUCUUGUUCUGCUCCGCUGCUCUCAUUACUGAGCUCAACCUCCAGUUUGCCCGCUCCAUACUUGUGGUAGAUCUGGCUUCGGGAUUUUGACCGAGCAUGAGAAUAGAGACUGCGCCUGGCAUUUUGUGC